AUGUCUAAAUUCCCCAAGAUUAGAAAGCUUUUCGGCAAGGCCAUUGCUGAAUUCCACUUAAUAGAUCCAUCAGACAAGAUUCUUGUUCCUAUCGAUGGCGAAUAUCCAAGAUUAACAUUGGCUGCAUGGCUUUAUCUCAAGAAAGCUAAAAUGAUCGAGAAAUGCAAUGUUUGCGCUGCACACUUCUACUCAUCUGAGAAAGUUGAUCCAGAAACACAACAAAUUCUCGAUGAUUUUCUCAAAUUAUAUCCAAUGGACCUCAAGUACGUCCAUCACGAGGCAGUUACAGACAGAGAUGCCCUCCACAAGAUGUAUGUUGAGGAAGCUGUUGCUGAAGGAUGCAACAAAGUUGCUCUUCCAGAUUCCAUCGAGUUCAUCAACGCUUUAAUGUUCGCUACCAUGAUCACCGAUGGUAUCCUCAACGGACCAGAUAUUGCUCAAAAGAUCCAGCUUACACCAGAAUCUCCAGAAAUUACAAUUAUCAGACCAUUCUGCUACUUAAAGGAUGAUGAAAUCAAAUAUUUCACAGCCAAGAACUUAAUGAAGACACAUAAGGCUGGUAUCGAUGUUGAAGAAGACAAUACAUUGGCAGUUUGCAGAGAAUCAAUCAAGAGACUCUCUACAGAGGCUUCUAACACAAACUACAACAUCUUUCACUCACAGUUUGCUGUCCAAGAGAAGUAUCUUGGUGGUGGUGAUGGAUUAUACCACGAACUUGGUGACUUCGAUAAGGAUUAG